CUGAGCUUCCGGGGUCUGUAGCUGGAGAGGAGGAAGAGAGGGAUCAGCUGAACUACAGAAGAAAUUAAAAUAUUUUCCUGAAAUUCAUCACCAACAACCAGGAUAUUUAACUAAGAGCAAAGGUAAACUGCUGAAAGAGGUGAAGCAAAAGCCAUCCAGAAGAAUCUCCAGAACACGCAAAAAUUGUUUGCUACAUUUAAAAGACAAAUGAAGCCAAGUCCCGACAUGGAGAAACAUCAGCACUCUGUCAAGAGUUUUACUCAACAGAGUGAUCUCAAAAAACACCAGUGCAUUCACACAGGAGAGAAACCAUAUCACUGCUCAGACUGUGGGAAGAUUUUUACUACCCAGAGUGAUCUCAAACAACAUCAGCGCAUUCACACAGGAGAGAAACCGUAUCACUGCUCAGACUGUAGGAAGAGUUUUAUUACACAGAGUAAACUUAAAAUACACCAGCGCAUUCACACAGGAGAGAAACCGUAUCACUGCUCAGACUGUGGGAAGAGUUUUACUAUACAGAGUAAUCUCAAAAAUCACCAGCGCAUUCACACAGGAGAGAAACCGUAUUACUGCUCAGACUGUGGGAACAGUUUUACUCAACAGAGUAAUCUCAAAAUGCAUCAGCGCAUUCACACAGGAGAGAAACCGUAUCACUGCUCAGACUGUGGGAAGAGUUUUACUGAACAGAGUGCUCUCAAAAUACACCAGCGCAUUCACACAGGAGAGAAACCGCAUCACUGCUCAGACUGUGGGAAGAGUUUUAAUCAACAGAGUUAUCUCCAACAAAACCAGCGCAUUCACACAGGAGAGAAACCGCAUCACUGCUCGGACUGUGGGAAGAGUUUUACUAAACAGAGUCAUCUCAAACUGCAUCAGCGCAUUCACACAGGAGAGAAACCGUAUCACUGCUCAGACUGUGGGAAGAGUUUUAAUCAACAGAGUACUCUCAAAAUACAUCAGCGCAUUCACACAGGAGAGAAACCUUAUUACUGCUCAGACUGUGGGAAGAGUUUUAAUCAACUGGAGACUGUCAAACGGCAUCAGCGCAUUCACACAGGAGAGAAACCGCAUCACUGCUCAGACUGUGGGAAGAGUUUUAAUCAACAGUGUAAUCUCAAAAGUCACCAGCGCAUUCACACAGGAGAGAAACCGUAUCACUGCUCAGACUGUGGGAAGAGUUUUACUAAACAGAGUCAUCUCAAAAAACAUCAGCGCAUUCACACAGGAGAGAAAAAUUUCCCAAAUUUGUCCCAUGGCAAUUAAAAGCGCAAAUCAUAAAUUCCACCAGAAACAAAUAUGAACUGUAUUUAACAAUGGAUUUUACAGGUUCAGCAAAACUAUUCUUAUCCAGGGAUGAUGUGUAUAGAAUUCCAUGUUAUGUUUUUAUGUCUUUUAAGUUUGAAUAUUCCAGGACAUUCUUUGUGAGACAGACUGUUUUUAGGUUAGUUACUGUUGCGCAGUAAGGUUACAGGCUCAUUCACUCCCUCUGCUGGUGUUCUUGUUUGUCUAUGGUUCAGUCCAAUUAAAAAUCUGUUACUAUAGAGCAUAGGUUGGCAAUAGGCGGCCCGCGGGCCAGAUGAGGCCCGCAAGCAAGAAACAUCUGGCCCGUGAGGUUGAACUAUAAUGAAAAAAAAAUCGGACUGUCCGUCUCAAAAAUGCUCUUUAUUUAGAAACUUAAUUUUCCAAAACAGAAAAAUUUAUUAAAGAUUUUUGAUAGAGCCACGGGCUGUUAGAUAACUGCUAGCUUCUUUAUUCUGUUAUUUUUUUUUAAUUCGUUUGUUUUUUUUUAUUUAACAAACAGGUAUAUCAUUAAUAGCGCCCCCAAUGGUCAGUCCACAGAUUUCACCCACAUCAGCCCACUUGAAUGUCUGCUUGUCAUUUUAAGAGCGCCCUCCCGCCACCGCGCCCGC